ACUCACGGUCACAGAACAAGCUGUUCGAAAUCAAUCCGACGACUGUCUCAGUAUGUCUGCUCCUCGCUACGCCUACAUCAUCUCCAAGAACUUGGAUCCAGUGUUCGCCCUGUUUAUUGGAGGGUCGGCAGCGGUCGUUCGCAUCAAUCGCGACGAGAAAGAGAAGGGCAAGACCACAGAGCAGACGAUGGAGUCGCUCAAGAGAAGACUCGGAAAGGCAACCGGCCUGAGCUCAUGAAGACACAAAUCAAUGAGGAAUACUUUCAGAUGACUCGCAUCUUGCUGCACGAAUCAUACCUCAUGCCUGCACCCAGGAGCCACUGGGCUGAUGGUGUCUAGCACUCAUGAAGUUUGCGAAGCAAAGAUGUGACAGUAGCAUAUACGCUGCAGCUACCCUUCUGAUAGGUAGCCGAACAGGUUAUGAUAGGAAGAAGUAUACUCGGGAGAUCAGCUUCUGAUCGUGGCAGGCAGACAAUGUCGAGUUUGCGAGGGUA